UUAUAUUUAUGAUAGACAGAGAGAGAGAAAGAGGCAGAGGAGGGAGCAAGCUCCAUGCCGGGGGCCCGACACGGGACCCGAUCCCGGGACUCGAGGAUCGCGCCCCGGGCCAAAGGCAGGCGCCAAAGCGCCGAGCCACCCAGGGAUCCCCCGUUUUAAGCUUUUUAAUGUCUGCCUUCCUUACUAUAAAUUCCCCCAGGGCACGGGCUUACAGACGUCUCCUACUCACUGCAGGUUAAGGAACUUGGACACGGUGGGUCCCUAACGGACCCUUGUCCACUGAAUGUAUAAAAUCUUCGUACGUACUACUGCUCAUUUAGCUGACUGACCCAAGGUUGCGCAGCUGAUUCAAGAUUCGAAUCUAUGGCGUUCUAGCUUUGGAGCCCACGGUCUCACUAUCUCCUCCUUUCCCUCAAAGCUGGAGCCAGAAGGGAGAUGAAUUUAAGGAACCGCGGCUCUACUUGCAGAGGGCCGCCCGCCGCAAGGAGCGCGGCGCCGCGCGCGCCGCCCAGGGCCCGGGAGAGGGGGCACGCGUCACGUGUACCCUGCAGGGCCCGCGGCCGCACCCCGAGGCUGGAAUGCGGCCCCGCCCCGCUCCCGCGCCAGCAAAACCCUGCUCUCCCCGGGUACUGACGUCAAUGAAGGGGGCGCCUCGGGCGCCGCGCUAGGGCGGCCGAGGGGGCAGGGAGGGCCCGGGCGGACACGCCCCUCGCCGCUGCUCCGCUGCUGAUUGGGCCCGGGGAAUCUUCGCACUCGGUUUCGAGGCCGGCGGAGGGCGAGGGGGCGGGGCCCGGGCACGCCCCUCGCCCCUCUGUUGCUGAUGAUUGGCCCACGGGGUCUCCGCGUUCGAUUUUGGGAGGCUCGCCCGGGAGCUCUCGCCGAGGCUCGGCCGAGGAUUGGCUCUUCCCCGGCCGGGGAGCGCUUUCUCCCGGGAGUCGCGGCUGUGACCUAGGUGGCCCGCCUCGGGCAGCCAGGUACGUAGCUCAGAGGCCCGGCUCGCGCUGCGGUGGGAGCGGGCGGGCGGGCCGUCAGACCCCGGUGCCGCUGGGACCCGACCCCGUAGUCCACUUAGCGCCCGGCAUUGUGCGAAGCGGCCACGUCUGAGCCUCGGGGGCCGACCUGUGCUGGGGAUGUCGCCCUGCAGCCUGGGCCAGGAGAUCCCCUCCGAAGCUCUCGACCUGUGGGUGAACGCCGCCUGGACCUUGUGAGCGCCUUCGCAUCAGGAAGCGCCCGCCCUUGCCAAAAGCCGUGAAAGGGUUGGGGUGGGCGCCUCUUAGCUUGCCCCAUCCCUAUUUGAGGUCUGUCGGCGCUGCCUUUCCGCGCGAGCACCCAGGAUGGGCACCCCAGCCUCUGUGGUGAGUGAGCCGCCCCUUUGGCAGCAGGCUCCGGCCGAGGCCCGGGGCCGCAAGCAGGCCUCGGCCAACAUCUUCCAGGACGCCGAGCUGCUGCAGAUCCAGGGCCUGUUUCAGCGCAGUGGGGACCAGCUGGCUGAGGAGCGAGCACAGAUCAUCUGGGAGUGUGCAGGAGACCACCGCGUGGCAGAAGCCUUGAGGAGGCUGCGUAGGAAGAGGCCCCCCCGGUCGAAACCACUGGCCCACUCACUGCACCACUGCAGCCGGCUCAGAAUCCCCGAGCCCUGCACUCCACUGGCCAACCCACAGAGUGGUAGCACGGAGACAGCUUCUGGUGAUCAGUAUCUGAACUCCAGGAGGACAAGUGCCAGGAUCCGCCGGAACUGGAAGAAGCCAGGCCCUACAAGCUACCUCCAUCAAAUCAGACACUGAUCCAGGGAAGGAGCUGGGAAUGGCAUUAUCUUCCCCAGGAAUUACAGGGACUUUUGCCAAAAGGCCCAGGAGGUAAAGAAGGAGGAGAGACUGGAGGCAGAUAGCCCCACAGGGGUAAAUGAAAGACUACUGCCACUGGCCUGCUCCAUUUGGAACAGGACUGGAAAUGUCUCCUGAGCUCUAGGUUAUGUGGGACCCAUUCCUCACCAGAAUGAGAAGAAACCGCGCCUCAGCUCUUCCCAUCUAACAGUACACCUGGGCUGCAUGAUAUUCCCCUAAGUGUUGGACACUCACACUGAGCAUCUCACCACUCCUGCUACCAACCCUCCUGUUCCUGCUGUAACCCACAGUCCAGCAGCCUGCCCACAUCCCUGCCCCUGUCAGGCUAGCACAAGGAAACUGUGGUUUAAGUAGCAAAAUAAAAACAUUUGCAUCAAUAA